UAUUUAUGUUUUAUUCUGGGGAAUGGUCUUUUUCCACUAAUGAUUUCCAGUUUUAUCUUAGUUGCUUGGUAGUUGCUAUUUGUUUGUUUGCCUCAUUCUCCUUUUUGGAACUUUCUGCUUUCAUUUUCAUGUCAUCUUACUCUCUACGGCUCCUCAAUGUGAACCCACACCAAUUUGGUUAUGCUUCUGUUUGUUUGUAUGCUUGAUUGAUUGUGAUACACUACCACCCAUUUUAUUCUUUUGGAAUUUGUUCAUGAUUUCCCUUUUUGACAUUGAUCCAUUUUCUCUCAUGCAGUAUUUUCACUUCUGCCGUCUUAUUUGACAUGUUUUUCUUCCAUUUAGUCUUCAAAAGCGAAUCCGUAAAGGUCAUGGCAUUUCCCACAAUCAUUCUUGUUCUAUAUUUGCACAGCCUGAUAUUCUCAACAGGGCUAGAGAAGAAAAACAAGUGAAAAGCACUUACCAUACAUUGUAUCCUAUGAUUCCUUUUCAAAUCUUUUCUGUGUCUAGUUUUUGCCGUUUAUCACAUGGUACUGCUUAACGUUCUGUACCUUAUCAAUCCUCGAGCCUAACAGCUUCUCUCUGCCUGGAGACUUAAAAAAAAAAAUUCUUUACCUUUUGGAUCUCGUAUGAGGACAGCAUCAGGUAGCGAGAUUUGUAAGCGGAGUCAGAUUAAUGGGUAUUUGUGCAUCAACACCGUCUCAGACAAUCCAGGUGAAGAAGAAACACCACCAUCGCCGCCGCCACAAGAGACAUCGCGGAAAGGUUUCGAGUGCUGUUAUAGAAGGGAAUAGGAAAAAGAAUGGCGAUGCAGCGGCUAGAGUGACAGAUAUUGCUGUUAGUGAGUUUGUUCACACAACCACAACAGACAAAAUAUCCGAGGUUUCUAACUCCACAUUUCAUCUAACUCAGCUGCAAUGGCACCAUAGCCAGAUAGAUGCUAACGUAAGUUGCCAAGACGAAGCAUGGUUCGAUACAGCCAGCAUUUUUGAAUCUGACUCAGAUGAUGAUGAUGAUGAUGCCGACUUCAGCAGUGUUCAUGGAGAUUAUUUUCCUUGUGUGCCUAAUGGACAAGUACUUCAGUAUGAGACUUCAUCUUGCUUUGUGGAUAGCAAAUGUGUUUAUUCUCAAACAACAAAAUCAGCUAUCAUCAAGGUAUCCAUAAAGAGGACAUCUGUUGAUGAAGAAGCAAUAGAUGAUUUAUGUUUGGAUGUGGGUCUGGAGGACACUUUUCUCAAGAAAAUGUGUCAUGAAAAUAUUGACAUACAUGCAAGUGGAUCGAAAAACUAUCUUUACCGGCCCAGAGCAGGACUCACAGUCCCAUGUUGUACGGACAAAAAGCCAACACCAGGAACUUGGUCUAUUACUGAGCCCUCUAAUUUUAAGCUCCGUGGUGAUACUUUUUUUAAGGACAAGAAGAAAUCCCCUGCUCCAAAUUUCUGUCCUUAUACUCCCAUUGGAGUUGAUUUAUUUUUGUGCCCAAGAAAGAUCAAGCACAUUGCACAGCACCUCGAGCUUCCUUCUGUUGAAGCUGAUGCUGGGAAACUUCCCCCGCUGCUCAUAGUUAAUGUUCAGCUGCCUAAUUAUCCUGCGCAAAUGUUCCUUGGUGAUAGUGACGGGAAAGGAUUGAGCCUUGUAUUGUAUUUCAAACUCUCUGAAAAUUAUGGGGAAGACGUCUCUCCCCAGUUUCAGGAAAGCAUUAAGCGAUUAGUUGAAGAUGACAUGGAAGCAGCUAAAGGAUUUGCAAAAGAGUCUACAGUUCCUUUCAGAGAAAGGUUAAAGAUUAUGGUUGGGGUUGUAAAUCCAGAUGAUCUUGUAUCGAUGUCAACUGAAAGGAAACUCUUGAAUGCAUACAAUGAAAAGCCAGUGCUUUCCCGGCCUCAACAUGACUUUUAUCAGGGCCCAAAUUACUUUGAGAUUGAUCUUGACAUUCAUCGCUUCAGCUAUAUAGCAAGAAAGGGACUUGAUGCUUUUAGAGAACGCCUGCAAGAGGGAAUUCUGGAUCUUGGUUUGACAAUUCAGGCACAAAAGCCAGAGGAGUUGCCAGAGAAAGUUCUUUGUUGUCUGAGGCUAAACAAGAUUGAUUUUGUUGAUCGUGGACAAAUCCCAACACUUAGAAGGGUUGAUGAUGACUCUUUAUCAGAGUAGCAUCCAUUAUAUUGCCAGCUUUAUACCCACCAAUAGUAUACAUGCAUGGGGGAAUAUAUAUCAGGAAUUGAGGGUGGACUGUCAGCUUUCUCCAAGUUGUAUUGUGUUGUUUGCCCCAGACAGUGUAAAUCUGUACAAAACAUCUUUUCUAUCUCAUGAAUACAGAAGACAGAAAAGAUGUAUUGUACUCAGUUUUACCAUAUUGUGUGUGUGUAUAUAUAUAAAUCAGGUGAAAACCAACUUUAACUUGCCUCGAACUGCGAACUUGUGAAGGAUUGCACUGCACUUACUACAUGAUUGCACCGUACCCGGAUACAAUUGCAUUGCAAGGUCCCCCAGGCAUAUCUAAGAGACGUAGCAGUGCAAUCAUGUAGUAGUUGCGGUGCAAUCCUUCACAAGUUCGCAGUUAGAUUAAGGUUGGUUCUCA